AAACUACAUGCUGCAUGUGCAUGUUUUACAUGAAUGAUGUUUAAGAAAAGAAGAAUUAGUGGAAACACUGAUUUUUGUCUAUUACUUUAUAGUAAAGAGGCUCUGGUCUUUUAAAACCUUCUGGGACAUUUGACAUGCAAUUAUUCCAUCUUUUAAGGGACUCGAGGCAAUUUUGGUUCAAGUUUCUAAGUGCUUCUUAACCUGUUCAGUCAACUGCCCUUUGUAAAGUACUAUGAAAAUGUAAAACAUUACAUGAAUGCCAUGUAUCAUAAAUAACUUACCAGUUUAUUUUUAUGUGUACAUUGAGUAUUUUGGGCAGGAAACACAGAGAGAAAACACACGUGUACUGCAGAAGAGAAUAUGUCAUGCUGAAAUGACUUGCUCGGAAGACUUCUUAAAAACAGCAGUAAAGGAAAUGCUUGAUCUUAGAACAAAAGCAUGGUGACUUCUGACUAUUGCAUCACCAAAUGAGGAACCCACAAGCAAGACAUAAUUUUUACUUGGCGGCACCUGACUUGCUGGAUCCGAAAUCGGCCACUCAGAACUCCAAGCCCAGACUAUCCUUUUCCACCAAGCCUACCGUGCUCUCUUCACGGGAGGAAAGUGAUUCGGCCAUUAAUGUUAUGAAAUGGAAGACGGUCUCAACAAUUUUCCUGGUGGUAGUGGUGUAUUUAAUAAUUGGAGCAACAGUAUUUAAAGCCCUGGAGCAGCCUUAUGAGACCUCCCAGAGAACCACCAUCGUGAUUCAGAAGCAGACGUUUGUAUCCCAGCAUUCCUGCGUGAAUGCAACCGAGCUUGAUGAACUGAUCCAGCAAGUAGUGGCAGCAAUAAAUGCAGGAAUCAUACCUUUAGGAAACACAUCUACUCAAAUCAGUCACUGGGACUUGGGAAGUUCCUUCUUCUUUGCUGGCACUGUUAUUACCACCAUAGGCUUUGGAAACAUCUCCCCAUGCACGCAAGGUGGAAAGAUAUUCUGUAUCAUCUAUGCCUUACUGGGAAUUCCUCUGUUUGGGUUUCUGUUGGCUGGUGUUGGAGAUCAACUAGGGACAAUCUUUGGAAAAGGAAUUGCCAAAGUAGAAGACACCUUUGUUAAAUGGAAUGUGAGUCAGACAAAGAUUCGCAUAAUUUCAACAAUAAUAUUCAUACUGUUUGGCUGUGUGCUGUUUGUUGCUCUUCCUGCAGUUAUAUUCAAGCACAUAGAAGGCUGGAGCACGCUAGAUGCAAUUUACUUUGUGGUUAUCACUUUAACUACCAUUGGAUUUGGUGACUAUGUUGCAGGGGGAUCGGAUAUUGAGUACCUAGAUUUUUAUAAACCAGUGGUGUGGUUCUGGAUCCUUGUUGGCCUUGCCUACUUUGCAGCUGUCCUCAGCAUGAUCGGAGACUGGCUAAGAGUCAUAUCAAAAAAGACAAAGGAAGAGGUAGGGGAAUUCAGAGCCCACGCUGCAGAGUGGACAGCCAACGUCACUGCAGAGUUCAAAGAAACCCGAAGACGCCUGAGCGUGGAGAUCUACGACAAGUUCCAGCGGGCUACCUCUAUCAAGAGGAAGCUCUCUGCAGAACUCGCCGUCAACCACAACCAAGACCUGACUCCCUGCAAGAGAACCCUGUCAGUCAACCACCUCACCAGUGAGAAAGACAUCCUGCCAGCUCUAACAAAGACAGACAACAUUUACAUGAAUGGUUUGACGCCGCACUGUGCAGCAGAAGAAAUAGCUGUAAUUGAAAACAUUAAGUAGCCAUGACUUUGAAUCCCAGCCCUUGAGGAGCUCUUGGCUGAGACUAGCCAUAUACCUUUUCUCUUUUCCCACCCUGUCAAUGAUCAAUGCUAAUAGCAUUUUAUAUGUGUGCAUGAGUUUCACAGAAACUGCAGUCCAGAGUUACCAUCGCAUCUCUUCAAAGACACAAAGAAUGGCACUUCUGUUAUCGAAAGAUGCUGGAACAAACAACAUCUUCUGCCUUUAUCUGCCCAGACUGUUUAUCACGUCUCUUAACGUGCCAUACGGCCUCAAGAAUGAAUCACAUUUGUUUAUGGUAACAAUGUAGCUUUGAGGGAUCAGUCCUUAAAAUUUCAGGGUCUACCUUACUGAGCCUAGGAAUGGACCAUUUCUGGACUACAACACAUUUGUAAAUGGCAAGAAAUGCUUAUGCAGCCUUUUACCUAAGAAAUUUUUGUCAGUGCCUUAUCUUUUGAAGAACCAGAACCUCUACAGUUCCUGUAUGGUUUUUGUUUGUUAGUUUUUUUUCAUGAGAAACGUGUUUCAUUUGAGCUUUCAUUCUUCUUGAAAUGAUGGUGUUUUAAAAGGUGUCUGUUGUGAAGAUACCAACCAGCAUGAACGAAUGCCAAAAGCAGCAAUCAUCAAAUGAUGAUCUUAGCUCUAAAUUUAAAGGCACUGCAGUUUCAGAAAUUGAAAACAUGCCCCCCAGAAGCAUUUUAUUUUACUCAGGUCCAGCUGAUACUUGUUCACACUGACUUGUAGAAUUCGCAGGCCCUCUUUGGGUCUUGUCUAUUUCAAGCAGUGUUCAGCAGUUGUCUUUGCGUCAGGUGUACCAAAAAAACCUGCAUCUUAUCUGUCUGUCAUCUAAUUGCUUGAUAGAUGACAUGAAUAAAUGAAAAUUACUACUUAGAGGACAGGCUAUU